CGCUCGGUGUUUUGUCCCCAGGCGGGUUCCGUAGCGCGUGCAGCGGCCCCGCCCCUCUGCGGCUCGCUCGCUCUGCUGCGCGAUUGUGCGGGCGAGAGGCGGCGGCGGCGGAGGGAGCGAGCGAGCGACACAGGCGGCAGCAGCUCGGCGGCGCCAUGGCGGCCGCUCUCAGCGACAUGGCGGAGCCGGAGGGGCUGUUCCCCGGCGAGGCGGCGGCGGCCGAGGAGGAGGAAGAGGCCGGGGCGGCGGCGGCGGCGGAGUCCGAGGCGCUGCUGCUGCUGAGCGGCGAGGCCGAGAGCAUGUCGGAGCCGAGCCCGGAGAGCGCCAGCCAGGCCGGGGACGGGGAGGACGAGGAGGAGGAAGAGGAGGGCGGCGAGGAGAGCAGCCUGGUGGGGAGUAGCAGCACCAGCAGCGGCUGCUGCAGCGACGAGACCCGCUCGCUCAGCCCGGGCGGCAGCAGCGAGGCCGACGCGAAGGAGGAGCCCAAGGGCCCCCGGGGCAGCCAGGAGGACGGGCUGGGCCGCGGCGGCGGCAGUAGCAGCAGCAGCAGCAGCAGCGUGUCCAGCGGCGGAGACGAAGGCUACGGCACCGGCGGAGGGGGCGGCAGCAGCGGCAGCAGCAGCUGUAGCGCCACGUCGGGGGGCCGGCGGGGCAGCCUGGAGAUGUCCUCGGACGGGGAGCCCCUGAGCCGGAUGGACUCGGAGGACAGCAUAAGCAGCACUAUAAUGGACGUAGACAGCACAAUUUCCAGUGGGCGUUCGACUCCAGUUAUGAUGAACGGCCAAGGAGUUACUGCUUCAUCGGCAAAAAGUAUUGCUUAUAACUGUUGUUGGGACCAGUGCCAUGCUUGCUUCAACUCCAGCCCGGAUCUGGCAGAUCACAUUCGCUCCAUACAUGUAGAUGGUCAGCGAGGAGGGGUAUUUGUUUGCUUGUGGAAAGGUUGCAAAGUAUAUAAUACACCUUCAACAAGUCAAAGUUGGUUACAGAGGCAUAUGCUGACACACAGUGGGGACAAACCUUUCAAGUGUGUGGUUGGUGGGUGCAAUGCCAGUUUUGCAUCUCAGGGAGGGCUGGCUCGUCAUGUGCCCACGCACUUCAGCCAGCAGAACUCUUCAAAAGUUGCCAGCCAGCCAAAGGCCAAAGAGGAAUCUCCUUCUAAAGCUGGAAUGAACAAAAGAAGGAAGUUAAAGAACAAAAGACGACGCUCAUUACCAAGACCACAUGACUUCUUUGAUGCACAAACACUGGAUGCCAUACGACAUCGAGCCAUCUGCUUCAACCUCUCAGCUCAUAUAGAAAGUUUAGGAAAAGGCCAUAGUGUUGUAUUUCAUAGUACUGUAAUAGCUAAAAGAAAAGAGGAGUCUGGAAAAAUAAAACUCUUGCUUCACUGGACACCAGAAGACAUUCUGCCUGAUGUGUGGGUAAAUGAAAGUGAACGACAUCAAUUAAAAACUAAAGUAGUUCAUUUAUCAAAACUACCAAAAGAUACUGCCUUGCUUCUGGACCCAAACAUAUACAGAAAUUCUAGUAAAGGAGGUACAUACAGUGGAAUCCUGAAAGAUCACUUCUGUUAAGAUCACAUACUGAACAAUGCCACAGAAGAGGUUGAAGAGGUAAAAACCAAGCAAUUGGGGACACCUGCAGUCUUAGUCACUGACAAUGGAAUUAGAAAUAAAGUUGCACAUUAGUCAAGGCCCCCCAACCCACCCCCAUCCUUUUUUUUCCAAAUCCUUAGAUAAUAUUUAUGCCUAGUGUAAACAUUCUGUGAAUGAAGUAGAUGCUUCUGUGGAAUAUCUUAAUAUAUUACUGUAUAUCCACAUUGUCAUGGAAUGGUACAGUGGGAGACUGAGCAAACACUCUUCUGGCAACUUAGUGGAACAACUAAAAGGCUUUGCAUGCUUGCUUCUUUAAGCUGCUUUUCUUUUGUUAGUAUAUACAGUAGUUUGAUGAAAAGAGGAAGUAACUAACCAUCACAACUUACACAGUUCCCAGGAGAACUCUUAACAAGCUGCUAAGAGUUUAACACUCACCAGAGAAUGAACAAACUACCCAGGCUUUAUCCUAUUACCUUCUGAGUAUGGUGGAUAGUGAUCAGUCGUCAUUUGUACACGUGUGCGUCCUUUCACAAAAACGAAGAGACAUUAAAUGAUGAUGUUUAAACAGAUGUUAAUGGAAUGCUUGUUUUUCCCAAUCAACUAUAAAUUCCUAUAUCCAAGUAAGACUGAAAGGUGUUGUUAAGAGUGUUGCAGUAUGUCUGUCCCUUUUUCAGGACUAGUACUGUAUGUUAAUGAGGUCUACUUUUAUGUAAUCUUUAUUACUGAACGGUUUUUGAAAAACCUCUACUUAAGCAGUUAGUGAAAUUGGUGUUUGAUUUUAAUUUUUUGACCUUUUUAAGACUGUCACUUGUACAGUAUGUGUUUUUUUUUUAUUUGGCCUAAUCUUUUCUAGAUGUAAAGAAAAUGAUAUUUUUUUAAAACAUCUAGAAAUUCAACCUUUAUGCACCAAAGUUGGCUUUGAAAAGGAAAAUAAAAUCACUUUCUUGCUUAAUAAGCAAGAAAUCAUGGAUUUUUUUAACUUACAGAAAUAGAAAUGUGUGUAACUUGUUAGUCUUGUAUGGAGACAAAAAUGUUGCAUAUAGAUAAUAGGACAUUGCUUGUAAAUAAUUCAGCAGAUUUGUAAUAUAUUUUUAUAUUAUGAAAUGUACUGUAGAUGUUUUUCUAGAGGCAUGAAAGUUAAAAUGUAUAUAUUAUGUUAGAAAAUAUGGAAGGAUAUUGUAAUUCACUAGCGCUGCCAGAAGAAAUGUUUAAAAAAGCACCUUCCUAACAACAAAAAAAGUCGUUUGCAUACCUAAGGGACUAUGUACUACUGUUAAUAUCUGUUGUAAGAACAAAAAUACAUUGAACAUCCUUCCCAGAAAUCUUUGAGGGAUGAACAGAAUCCAUAAUGGCACUCCUUUCUGAUAGUGAACGUGAAAUCAGUCAUUUCCUUGCUGUUGGAAGGAACUAAUGUAAAAUAUAUGUGGAUAUAUGCAGUCAAACUGCAGAAUUAGUCUUCCUUAUUGGGGAGGCAUUUUCACGUUACUACAGUGAAACAAAAAACCAGCAGUUUUUACACUAAAAUUUUAUUAAAUAGAAUAAAACUUAGAAUUAACCCUUUGGCUGCAGGGUUAAGUGUUUCCUAAUAUAAUACGAAUGCAUUCUGCAUUGGUACUGACACAAGAGACUUGCUUGGCUCCAACGGGUUAAAUAUGUUACUUAUAUACAUGAAAAAUCUUAUCAAACAAAAUGAAGUGCAGAUUAAAAGCACCACUAAUAUAAGAUGUUCUGGACUGGUUGUUUAAUAAAUAAGGGUAUUAUUCAUAAGAUUUGUAGCAACCUGACUUUAUUUUUUAAAAAAGUACAGUGUUUUGUUUAAUUUUUUUGCUUGAGCACUUCAUCUACUGCUUAUUCUGUACCUAUAAAGUAAUCCACAAUCUCUUUGGUUCUUUUUUAAAAUUUGUUAUAAAAUUGCCAAAUAGAAGUGUUUCAGAUAUAGUUUGUAUUUGUAUUUUUUUAAUUUUAUUGCUUCAUGAGUUCCCUGUAAGUCAUCUAUAAUUGACAGAUGAUUGUAGACCUUGCCUGAGUAUUUUUUCUAAUAAAACAAAGCAAAUAACCACGUUAGCUUCCAAAUUGUAACCAUUCAAUGAAGGUUUUAAAAGAGCUGAAAUAUACAUUAAAUAUCUUUUUAGUUCCUCUGUAAAUGAUGGAAUGCACACUUAA